CUACUAGUAUGCAAUUAUACAAGGUUAGUUAUGGAGCGGUGGUCAGGAAAGACGGCAGUGGUGACUGGCGCCAGCAGUGGGAUCGGGGCCGCAAUCUCUGUAAAGCUGGCUGAUGCUGGCUUCCGAGUUGUGGGUUUGGCGAGAAGUGAUCAUUUAGUUGAUCAACUACAAGCAAAAGUAACGGGCGAUGGCAAUAUAACAUCUCUAAAAUGCGAUAUUGCAAAAUCUGAAGAAAUCGCGAUGGCUUUCCAGUCCAUUGAAGAGAAUUUCGCCGGAAUUCACGUUCUCGUUAAUAAUGCUGGUGUUAUUUACCCCGCUCACAUAACAGAUGUUGGCGAUUCUCCGAUGAGCAAUGACGAAGUGAUAUCGACACUGGACGUGAAUGUGAAGGGAAUGAUCCUGUGCACUCGACACGCAGUCGCUUCUAUGAAGAAGCAGAACUUUAAUGGCCACAUUGUAAAUAUCAACAGCGUAGCCGGUCAUUACAUUCCCUUCCUGCCCAAUAUUAACGUAUAUUCAGCGAGCAAGCACGCAGUCACGGCGUUCACAAAAUCACUUCUGAACGAGUUAGCUCAGUUUGGUAGCAGCAUUAAAGUCACGGGCAUAUCUCCUGGACUAGUGAGGACCAAAAUGGCUCAAAGAGAUGGUGUCGAAAUAGAUUUGCCAAUGUUGGAGCCAAGUGACGUUGCGGACACUGUGCUUUAUGCGUUGUCCACUCCACCCGCAGUUAACAUAACUGAAUUAACCGUUCAACGGGUAUCUGAAAAGAGAAUAUAACGAUUAAAUGAAAAUGUACUAAUUUCAACGUAUUACUUUAUUGUCAAAUGGCACUAAUUUUAAUGAGAAGCCUGAGCAGAUGUCGAAGAUGCAAGCCCCAAUAUACUGGUUGUGAAUUGUACAAAUGCUCUUAAUAUAUCCAGUUUGAGAGUCCAGAAUGGCGAUGGUGCAUUUGCAGCGGUAGCCUGCCCGCCCUGAAAAAUAAAGUUCAAUUUAAUAAGAUAAUUGCAGUGUUAUCAAUAACCACGUGAUGAAUUGUCAUAAUUAUAUUCUAAAUGGAAAUAAAAUACAUUUCAUAUU